ACGCAGAGUCGUAGACCGGAGCGGAUCUGACCUGGCCGAGCGCGCGAGACUGGGUCCUAUAGAAGCAGAGGUUUCGGUGGGUGCUGAUUUAUAUACAAGUAUUGUCCGCAACGUCGGUCGUCGGUAUACAUGCGCGACUAACCCUUUAUAUUAUAUAUACUCAUAACCGCGCAUCCGAUCUCUUGCGGUUCGGCUUCCUAACCUCGCUACCCCAUAUGCACUAAUUCUGUGAUCGUAAUUUACAAGUGCAAACAUCUGCGAAAUUUCGACAAGGGUUGCAUGCAGGCUUGUAUGCCUUUCAAAGUCAGGAUAUGUUAACAUUUCCCCGCAGCUCGUAGCACAAGAGUGGGGAAAAACCUACCUGCGAGGUGUAGGUAUGAAGCUUCAUCGGCGCUGCAUCCGCGGUUACCGAUAUAAAUAGACCGGCUGGCAGAGAAGGUUCAUUAGUCCUUCCAAGUCCAGCACACUCCGAUCUACUUGGUAUAUUCUCGAUACGACUCGGAGAGGUCCGACAACCGAGUCACAGUCUCCCAGGCAACGACUUCUCAUCAUCUCAAAAAAAACUGUUUCCAAAAGAGAAGCUCUCCUUCAUUCCCGUGGAUCGUCGCAACGAGCUCGUCCUACCGCAACCAUGAUGUUUAACCUCCAAGCCAUUGUCGACGAGAAAUCGGCUCUUAGCCGGCAAUCCGAGCAGACGACCACAACAAUGAGUCCAGAGAAGCUUGUGCGUCUAGUAAAGGCGAAUGGCGUCGAUUUGAAAUCUCGAGACGAUAAAGGACGAACCUUUCUGCACCACGCGGUGGAACAAGCCCAACUGGAGGUGAUAGAAUUGUCGUUGGAGAAAGGGGCCGACGUUAACGCCGCCGAUAAUUUCGGCAUGACGCCGCUGCUUACCGCGGUGAAAAGCAGCGAAGCCAAAAAGAUUCUGCCUCUGCUGAUGAGACACAGCAUCGACAUGUCUGCUAGAAGUAAAAACGGCCAGAACGUCCUGCACACGUUGAUACACAGCUCGGUCAUGUCGGACAUGGAACACGCCGAGGAUCUGAUCAAAGCGUUCGUCAAGAAGGGCGGCUCGAUCGACGAUAGAGAGACCGCCCUCAACUACCAGGCGAUACAUUUGGCCACUGCCUUCAGCAAAAAUAAUUUGGUAAAACUUCUUUUAGAUCACGGCGCGAACGUCAACGACGCAAAAGCGAAACUCGGAAAGUUUCCCCUGUAUCUAGCAGCUGAACGAAAGAACACGGAAGUGAUGGAAACCUUACUGAAACGCGGCGCGAACGUCCACCUGAAAACCGACGAAGGUCGCACGGCGUUACAUCGCGCUUGUGAAGAUGUAAUGGCGAGGUUCAACUGGAACAACGUCAAGCUUCUCUUGGGCGCCGGUGCGAAUGUGCUCGUCGAAGAUGAUCGCGGAGACACGCCCCUCGCUCUGGUACUUCGCAAUUUCCAUGAAAACUCCAUGGACGCCGAGAAGAACAAGGCUGGCAUCAAAAUAUUGCUCGAAGCUCUGGCUUCGAAAAAAGUCGGCAUGCAGCGGUCGGACGAGUUGAAGGACGAACGCAUCGUCAGGAGGCAUCUGGAUAUGUGGGAUUAUUAUCGACAAUGCGUAGAAAAUAAGUCUAAAACUUAUAACGAUAAUAAUAAUAAUAAUAAUAAUAAUAAUAAUAAUAAUUAUUAUAAUAAUAAUAAUGGCGCACGAAGAAAAGUACCGAAUUAUAAUAGAAAUCAACCGCGCAAGACGUAUGAUAACUUGCAACCGCCAUGGAGAAAAGACAGUUCCGGUAGUCAGAUGACAAAGUCGGCAAACAGAUUUGCACUUCUUCGACCAACUAAUUAAUUUAAUCAACAAAAAAAAAUAAUAAUCAUGCUAAAUAUUCAUUGAUAUUGUUAAGUUUGACUGUGUAGUGUGCAUUUUUACGUAACUUGAUUUCUCUGCGUUUGUUAUAUAUUUAAGAUAGACUCAACUGGUUGUACGGUGUAGAUUCGUAUGAAACUUAUUUGUUUUAUUUUAUUUGGUUUGUUGAUCGCGUAAAAUACUUUUUGGUUGAUAAACGAUGAUUGAUAGAAAAUUACACUGUGCUCGCGUGUGCGAUAAUCUUUUUAAUAUUACAGGAUUUGAUGUAUUGAACGCCUUGAAAAAAACUUCAAACGACUUAAUUUCAAAUAAAAAUUUUAGUGUUAAACUUAA